AUGCGCUUGAUUUGGCUGCACAGAUGCACAAAAGUGAAACUCAUUUUGAUCGCCGUCACAUGGAUACCACUGCUCCCUCUUCUUCAUUUCUGUGUUCAAGACUUCUUCAGCAAGAUAACAAAGUCCAAAGAAACUACAUGCCGGGAAGCUGUGAUCCAAGAAAGGAGAGACGCAGGUGCCAAGAUAGAUUGGAUUUCCGCUCAAAUGAUACUUCUUCAUGAUAUGUUCAACAACUACAGCCAAAACCACACGAAUACAUUGCAUACGAGACUGUUUCCAGUAACAUCUUCAAUCGGUUACUCUCAUGAGAUCCUUCGACGUAGAGCCAUACACUACUUGCAUGAAAUGAAAUACACCUCAGUCGGACUGCACAAGAUCGCUCAAAGUCUCGAAGAAUUCAGUAAUCUGCAUGAAAGUAAUACAAGUGUGUCGUCAAUCAGAAUAUCACUGGAAAGAUAUGAAAUUCAACUACACGAAAUCAUUGAAGACAUGGAAGCCCAUCUGAAAGAAUUGGGUGAAACAGAUGGCUUUUCAAGAUUUCGAAUAACCGGUUUGAACCAACUCGCUGAAACAGUACAGAGGCGGAUUCGACAACUGCAGAAUCCAACAAACUGCCAAACUGCCAAAUAUAUUACAUUCGACUUUACGAAUUUAUGUGGAUUCGGAUGCUCUGUUCAUCAGCUAACUGCGUGCUUACAUAUGGCCUUUGAACAUAAACGAGUUCUGGUUUUGAAGAAGCACUCUCCUGGAGAUAUAUUUCGUGAAUGGCUUAAACAGAACACAAUACCACUCUCGGAGAAAUGUAGUUAUGAAGACUUGAAUGAUAAAACAGAUAUUAUCGAAUGUCCUCUGAAAGCAUAUAUUCCUUCAGACAACGACUGGGUUCCAAACGUGUUACCUAGAGAUUUAGCUGAAAAAUUACUUAUUUGCAUGAAGCACCGUAUGCAUGGUUUGCUGCUAAUCAACCAAAGUUUGAGUGGAUUUAGGCGGAGUGAUCAUCCAGUGGUUGGUGUGCACAUAAGACGCACAGACAAGCUAAUUUGGGAAGCUCAAUCACAUGAUUUGGAAGAGUACAUGAAGCAUGUGGACGAUUAUUUCAAUUCAUUCGAGAAUACUACACCUCUUUUGAAGCCCGAAAUAUAUAAUUCGAAUGGCUACAAUUUGAAUAUUGGACGUUUCAUACACAGAAACAGAAUUCACCACAAAUCAUCCAAAUUAUAUUCUAUAUGGCAGUCAAAGAAGGUCGAUGUCAGCUGGUGUAGAAAAUCGCAGAAGCAUGAUUCAAUGAGUAAUGCAUUUAUUGACACACUGGCCUUAUCAGAAACAGAUUUUCUGGUGUGCACAUUUUCAUCAAAUAUAUGUCGUCUGGCGUAUGAAUUAAUGCAGACUCGUCAUGAGAAACUGGGUGAUGCAUCACAACUGGUUAAAUCUCUCGAUAAUGUGCACCAUUCAGUGGAUUUCUCGAAAGUCAAAUUUGAGGUGCUGAUACCAGAUUUGAGAGCGGGACUGAACUAUGGCGAUUUGGUAAAUCUAUACACAAAUCACUGGAACGGUUCCUCAUCCAACAUCCUCAUGUGGCGUAAUGAUGGCCGAAGUGUAGAUGGGCAACAGAAAUUAACGAGUGUCAAGCAAACGAAUUCAUUUAAUGCGCCUGCAUAUAAAUUCAGACCUGAGUUGAAAAUAACCAAUUUCAGCUGGUUGUAG